UUUUUACCUAAAACUAAACCUUGAAGAACAAUUUUUUCUUUUCUUCAUUCCUUUUCCAUCCAUUUAGACACUCCACAUUAUUCAGAGCCAUGUUGGUCAAAUUCAUCUUCAUGACUGUUGUCGCUGUGGCAGUUUCGCUGCCUUCAGCACUCGCGACGCCCGUACGAUGCACCCUCAAGAAACUGGUCGUGUUCGGAGACUCAUUUUCUGAAUCUGGCAAUGUUUACAAGUUGUCAAACAAAACCUGGCCUCCCCCUUUUUAUUACAAAGGUCGCUUCUCCAAUGGACCUGCGUGGCCCGACUAUGUUGUAAAAGCUAGGAACUACCAAGUGGUUAACUAUGCCUAUGGAGGUGCCACUACUGAUUCAGAUCUUGUUCAAGGAUUGACUGGCCAAAACUCGAACAUUCUUGUCCCAGGCUUCCUUCAGCAGCUCGAUAUUUAUGCAUCCAAAUAUGCUCAGAGGGCUAUAGCUGAAAGUGUGUUUGUGAUCAAUUUUCAAGGCAACGACUUCUUUUUCGACAUCUCCUUGGAUCCGUCUGCUGUUGUCGACAGGAUCCAUACCGGUAUCAAACGUCUCGUGUCAAUGGGUGCACGAAGAAUCCUAGUAAUUCAAAAUCAGAACAUUGGAUUGAUUCCAUACGCCAUUACGAACACUUCUUUGGCCGAUGCGUACAGUAAAAAAGCCAAGGAAGAGCAAGCUGAGUUUGGCAUUUUUGCCGCUGAAGUCAAGGAGGAAUAUGGCAGUCUUGCAGGCCCAGGUUCUCUCCGCACUUGCAAUUUUCAUGACAAAGAAAAGGCCAAAAUAGCAUUUUUCGACUUGACCAAGUUUUUUGCUUAUCUUUACCAGCCCAAGGAGCUGAGGCGUCUAGGCAUCACCGAUGUCACACAUGGAUGUGUCAGCAUUGACUACAAGAAUGUAUGUAAAAAUCCAGGCAAGCACUUUUUUUGGGAUGCAUUCCACCCUUCGGCCAAAAUCCAAAUGGAGAUCGCCAAAGCUGUUCUCAAUUGGCUUUAGAGUGCUCGUCACAGCCAUAAAUAUAAUAUUUAUAUUAUACAGAUAUACAUGUAACAAUGUUAUUUUUGACAUGAUCUCCUCUGAAAGUCUAAAUGCAAUAACG